GCUGGUAAGUAGGAGGGUCCAAAGAAAGUCCCUCUACACUGCAUAGGCCAAGAUUACUACUUUUUGGUUAUUGUGUUCUUCGUGUUUCUCGGCUCCUCUCACAGAUGGCUCAGAAGUUAUUGAAUCGACCAAUAAAUUUUAUGCGACAAUUUGAAAGAGGAAAUCACGUAAAAUAUCGAAGGUCUUAUCACAGAAAAUUCAAAGCAAUUGAUGGCCAUGUCGAUUUGAAAAACCCCAAGUUUCGCGCCCAGCUGAAGGAAAAUGAAAGUCUAGAGACGGAAUACGUUGCAAAGAUUGAAAAAUGCAGACUUGGUGGAGGUCAAAGAGCAAUAGAACGCCAUAUUAAUGUUAAUAAGAAAAUGUUGGUACGAGAAAGGCUUUCGAAAUUGUUGGAUGAUGACUAUCCUUUCCUUGAAUUAGCACCGUUAGCAGGCCACAAUCUUGAAUAUGGAGAUGUUCCUGGUGCUGGAAGUGUUGUGGGCAUUGGCUCAAUAAGUGGGCAGCUUUGUAUCAUAACGGCAAAUGAUGCCACUGUCAAAGGGGGCGCCAUUUAUCCUAUUGGUGUGAAGAAGCAGUUGCGUGCUCAAGAAAUUGCAUUGGAAAACAAUCUCCCAUGUGUUUAUCUUGUAGAUUCAGGGGGUGGAUUUCUUCCAUUGCAGUCAGAAAUUUUCCUGCCAGGAGGAAGAACGUUUUAUAAUGAAGCAAUAAUGUCAUCACUGGGCAUUCCUCAGGUCUGUGUUGUGGCUGGUUCUUGUACUGCUGGUGCAGCAUAUAUACCAACAAUGGCAGAUGAAACUGUGAUAAUUGAUAAGAUUGGCUCCUUAUUUCUUGGUGGACCACCCUUAGUUCAAGCAGCAACAGGAGAGAUCAUCACUCCAGAAGAGCUUGGUGGUGCUACAGUACAUUGCAAAGUCAGUGGUUGUACUGACUAUUUUGCUGAGUCUGAAGAGGCUGCCAUUGACGAUUGUAAAGAUAUAAUGGCAUCACUUAAUAUGCCAUCUUAUCUUAAAGAUUCACACUUUUAUGAAGAGCCAAUGUAUGACCCAUAUGAACUCAGGGCAAUUGCCUUGCCUUUUCCAGAUAAGUCAGAUUUACAACUGCACGGAAUUAUGGCUCGUAUAUUUGAUGGUAGCAGGUUCAGGGAGUUCAAACAAUCAUUUGGACCAACUCUGGUGACAGGAUUCGCCCAUUUGCAUGGCAUCCUUGCCGGUGUUGUGGCAAACAAUGGCCCUUUGAUGUCAAAUGCUUGUUUGAAAGGGGCACACUUUGUUGAAUUAUGCUGCCAAAGGAAUAUUCCAAUAAUUUUCUUACAAAAUGUUGUUGAUCCGGUAAAUUUGUCUUUGGAAGAUGCAGCUACUCUUUUGAAGGAAAAAAGCAAAAUGAUGUCGGUUAUUGCAAACUCUAAUGUUCCUAAAAUAACUGUAGUUAUUGGCAAUAGCUAUGGAAUGGACAAUUUUGCAAUGUGUGGGCGCUCCAUGAGCCCACGGUUUAUGUUUCUUUGGCCUGCUGCAAAGAUUGCAUUAAUGGAUCCUAAUAAUGGUGGAGCCAAGGAGAAUGGCAUGGAUCAGAACUUAAUUUCACUUCUGGAGGCCCAAAGCUCCGCAUACUUUAGCACAGCAAGACUUUGGGAUGAUGGAAUAAUUCUUCCUCAGGAUACCCGUAGGGUAUUAGCACUUUGUCUGAAAGCAUCAUUAAAACAUCAAAAGAUUGGUUUUUCCGCCAAAAGUGUUUUGAGAAUGUAAAGUGGAAACUAGAUGCAUAAUUGAAAUCGUACAUUUUUAACAAUAUUUGUUACCUGGAUUUUCAAACUUAAA